AUGGCGUUGGCGAUAAUAAGUUUGAAACCUCCUCCAAACGUUGAUCCAACGAAAGCCACUUUAGCCUACGGGAGGUUAGCCAUAAAAAGAAUUAAUAGAGAAUUGAAAGAUACGGAUCUAAUAACACGCCAACGCGCUGUUAAAGCUUUAUGUGAUUAUUUGCAUGAUCCCGAGCAUAUUGAAGAAGCAAUUAAUGAAGGCACUAUUUGUUGUGUACAGGCAGUCAUUGAAGCAAAAUACAUUGACUUAUUAGUGAGAUGUGUUGAGAAAGAAGUAGAUGAAAUUAAGAUUAUUGUAUUGAACACUUUAUAUCACUGCUUCAAAAUCAGAACACGCGCAGCUCAAAAUAUUUUGCGUUUAUGUGUAAAUCUAAGAGGUAAACAAGAAGCUUUGGAUAAUGAAACAAUUCCUGCAUUAGUUUCUUUGCUAAAUGAUCCAAGUGAAGAUUUGAAAGCAUUUUCUGCUGGAGCAUUAGGUUUUAUAUGUACAACAAAUCAUGGUCGUUAUACUACUUUAAAUGCUGGUGCUAUUCCUUUACUUCUUAAUCUGGUUGAUGAUAAAUGUAGUCGAGUAAGAGUUAAUACUUUCAAGGUUCUAACUUGUUUAUCUGAGACACCUGAAGGUCGAAGGAUUCUAUUGGAUCAUUUAAAUAAAAUAUCACCACAUGUAACUGAUAUGAAUGCUGCUGUAGCGAAACAUGCAAAAAUAGCUCUAUCUGUUAUCACUUGGCAACCUUAA